AUGCAGCUCUCUUCGGCCAUCACCUUAGCCACGCUCUGCAUUGUUCUGCAGCUUCUCAAUAACUCUCUAGCUUCAGUGACGACCAAUCGCCACGUGUCAAGCUCUCAUUGGCUUCCUGCAGUUGCCACAUGGUACGGAAGCGCCAACGGUGACGGAAGCGAUGGAGGAGCGUGUGGGUACGGUACCUUGGUGGACGUGAAGCCGUUACAUGCUAGAGUUGGAGCGGUGAAUCCUAUCCUCUUCAAAAACGGUGAAGGCUGCGGAGCUUGUUACAAGGUUCGAUGCUUGGACAGGAGUAUAUGUUCCCGGAGAGCCGUCACCGUCAUCAUAACCGACGAGUGUCCCGGCUGUUCUAAGACCAACACUCACUUUGAUCUCAGUGGCGCUGCCUUUGGUCGUUUGGCUGUAUCUGGAGAAUCUGGUCCCCUCCGUAACCGUGGUCUCAUCCCCGUGAUUUACCGCCGGACGGCAUGCAAGUAUAGAGGGAAGAACAUAGCGUUUCAUGUGAACGAAGGAUCAACUGAUUUUUGGUUGUCUCUGCUGGUUGAGUUUGAAGAUGGAGAAGGCGACAUUGGCUCCAUGCAUAUUCGCCAAGCCGGAGCGAGUGAUUGGUUAGAGAUGAAGCACGUAUGGGGAGCCAACUGGUGCAUCGUUGGAGGGCCACUCAAAGGACCAUUCUCCAUCAAACUCACCACUUUGUCAGCCGGUAAAACACUGUCAGCCACCGACGUGGUGCCCAGAAACUGGGCUCCUAAAGCAACAUACACUUCCCGCCUUAACUUCUCCCCCGUCCUCUAA